AUGGAAGGAAAACUUUCAAAGGUGUCCGACCUCGCCCCUUCUGCCCCAUCGCUGCUACAUUUGAUCGAACGCCUUUCUGUACUAGCCGACUCAGCAGUGCCACCAUCUGUUCGUGGUCUUCCAAUUCGUCUAAUCAAUAACAGAAGAAACUGCCUUUUGAGAACUCCAGAAUCUGCCUCAAGAAAAGAUUAUUCUUCUCGGAUGUUAGCUUGCCAGCCAGUGCCAAGUUACAUCAUGAACUCUGUCAGGCUUUCAACAUGUCGCGAAUUUGGUACACGCGUAAGCAGAGCUCGUCUGCCUGGUAUAGGAUCUCUAGACCAAAUGGACCGUCACUAUCGUGUCUUGGGACACCUUUCGAUGGUAUACUGUGUGACUUUCGAUCGGACAGGCAAUUAUGUGCUGACGGGCGCAGACGACAACCUCAUCAAGGUAUGGGAUGUACAUCGAGGUCUUCUACGUUUUACUUAUCGUGGGCAUUCCGCGGAAGUCGCCGAUGUUAGUGUCUCGUAUUGCAAUCAAAUGAUCGCAUCUGGGAGUGUAGACAAAUCGAUACGGGUCUGGUCCUUGGCUACAGGCGAAACUUUGCAAGUUUUCCACAUUCACACGGCCGUUGUAGCACGAGUGAAGUUUUUACCGUUUGUUGAUCAACAAAGAAGAUAUCUUGUUUCUUGUGCGCUUGACUGCAAAGUUGUAUUCUAUCCGUUCAACGAGAGCACGAAGGAGUUUGAUUCAAGCGGUAUUGUCGUAUUUGAUGAACGAGAAGUGUUUGGUGCGAGAAUAAUAUCACUGUGUCAUAGCCCUAGUGGGCAAUGGGUGGUCGUUGGUGAUACUCAUUGUUACUUACGACUAUUUCGUGUGGCACGUGGGCCAGAUGGAGGUGCCUCGAAGUUCACGGAUAUUUGUGCACACAAUGAUCGAGUGGACAGUUUGGAGUGGGCUCACACGGGAUGCCGAUUUGCUUCGGGAAGCCGUGAUGGUGUUGCGAAAGUAUGGAAGUUUUCAUGCGGGAAAUGGCGGUCUACGUCUCUCAUUGUACCCGGAUUCGAGCCAACGGAACUGCUUCCAGCAGCGCUAGCGUCCAGUGAGCGUCCGAAAAUACGAGUCUGGAGCAGUUCUGGCGGAAUGUUGCGGUGCCUUCCCGGUCAUACAGAUGAUUCAUUCGUGUUAAAAGCACAUCCUGCGUUUCCGAGCGUAGUGCUGAGCUGUGGACAUGAUGGCGUAAUGGUGUUCUGGGAUCUUCAUACUGGCGACAUUGUGAAGAAGUUCACCAAUACUGUUGAACAUCGAGGACACUCAGCACUUUUCGACCUCGACAUAUCUCGUGAUGGAUGUACUGUAGCUGCAGUUGAUUCACUUGGACAUCUAACGAUUUAUAGUGUUGCGUCUAAAUCAACGCGACCUGUUCCGAAGCAGCAGUUCUUCAACACCGAUUACUCGUAA